AUGGCAGCUCUAGCAUCAAACCCUCAAAUGCUAACGAGACAAGCUCAUAGUAACAAGAAACAACAAUUUUGGAGGAAAGAGAGUUUGAAUUUGGAGAAAAAGUUUGGUUUUUGUGUGAAGGUUUACAAUUAUGAAAAGCUUGGGAGGUCACAAAUGGAGAAAGAGUGGAGAUUAAAAGCCUUUUGGGCAAACGUAUCACGGCCCGAGACUGUGGAGAUGGAACCCAUUAACGAUGUUGAUGAGCUCGAUGCUGUUCUCUCUCGUGCAAACCAACUCUCUCAGCCUAUCAUCAUCGAAUGGAUGGCUUCUUGGUGUAGGAAAUGUAUUUACUUGAAGCCUAAGUUGGAGAAAUUGGCGGCGGAAUAUGAUAGCAAAGUAAAGUUUUACUACGUGGAUGUGAAUAAGGUCCCUCAAACCUUGGUGAAGCGUGGGAACAUUUCGAAAAUGCCCACAAUUCAGUUAUGGAAAGAAGAGGAGAUGAAAGAAGAAGUGAUAGGAGGUCAUAAAGGAUGGCUUGUUAUUGAAGAAGUUAGAGAAUUAAUCAACAAAUUUGUUUGA